GACCGGCUUAUUGGCGCUACGCAAGACUUGCUGUCACGUGGGUUAUAACGGGCAGCGAAGUCGGCAACACGCAAGCGCGUUUCAUAUUCCUGAAUUAACGAAGUACAAUUUGCACGGCUGGGUAUGAAGAAAGAUUUAGAAAGACCAGCUCCACUUAAAAUGCAACCCUGACUUGUACACAUGAACCCCUCCACGCGUCAAAUUUUUGUAACUAUUGGGCUACGUUUUAAAUUGCACACCCUGUAUAUAUAAUACAUUAAAACUACAGCGCUGGAUGAGUUCUGGGAAUGCAUGGAAGGUCGGGAUGAAAAUUAUUUCGAGGCAUAUUUUUCUCUCCCGGAUGUGGUCACCGUAAUUUGAGAAGAGCUGAUCAAAUUCCAUUUCGCAUGAGACCAGACGCAACAUUUUUCUGAGAACAAAGCUGUUCCAAGAAUUUGUUUUGCCUAGCGAGAUUUUUUCAGCCAACAAAUGCAACUUCAACGCUGAACAAUGAAAUUAUCCACUCCACAGUUCUGGAGACGUUUCGAUACUCCUGUCUUACGAAUUUGAAAAGAUCGGGGACCCACAUUUCUUCGAAUAAAUAAUUUUCAUAAAAAUGGAUUUAAAAGACGGUCACUUAUCACGCAUAUAUACUUUAUGUUCAAUUAAUGUCGUAAAAUCAUUUGCAAGGCGUGGAUGGAUCUUCAGAAAACUUUGUUCAAGUUGCGAGUAUGCUUUCGUAGUGUUCGUGAUAAACAGUCGGAUUCAAUAAUGGCAGAAGAAUCCUUGGAGAAGUAACAGUUAUCGAAAACUGUCGUCGACGUGUAUUAUAUGUCUUAACAGUUCUCUAGACAUGUCCAGUCUGACGUACGCGCAAAUUUUGGUGGAGAAAUCUCUUAGCAAACGUCCAUUUUGAAGACAAGAGACACGGGAGGUAAAUUGAAAUGGCUUAGAAUCCCGUGUGGUGUUCGUUUCUUACGCACCGCCAGGAUUGUGCAUCGUCCCGUCGCAUAGACGAGGUCCGCAGGACCUAUCAGCGCGUUAUCAGCGGGAUGACAUAAUGGUGACCUCUGUCUUUUACGGAGUGCAAUACAAUGCAGUGGCCAGUCUUUCGGAGACAGACGAAGAAGCUGCUCUCUCUACCAGGGUGACAUGUCGCUUGAACCAGUUGGGGAAACAUCCCCGUUACAAUCUCACCUCUUGCUGUUGCAAAUUCUGCAACUGAUGCAAGAAUGUCGGGGGCAAGUACGACACAGUCGCAACAACGACGUCCUUGAAAAUGUUGAGAAGCUCAUUUUACAAAACAGGACAGACGAAAUGCUAAACACAGAACCCUUCAGUACACAACACGAACUGGAUCGCCUUCUCGGCGACGCGAGGAAGAAGAUAGCGGUUUUGAAAAACGUCCUGGAGCACCAGAGGACCAGGCUGAGGGACCUUAACAGAAACGUCGAGAAGUAUAAAAUGGAGAAGCAGGAACUGGAGGGAAAGCUACAGGAGGAGAGAGAGUACAAUACGAAGAUCACGGACGAGUUGCAGAGUGAGAGGAAUCACUGCUCGGAGGUGUCUCGAGAUCUGACCAGCCAGAAAGAAUACGACCUGGAACUCGCCGCUGAAGUACGCAGGGAAAAAUAUCGGAACACGGAACUGUCGCGGGACCUGGAGGUCGAACAGCGGUUCAACGCAGAACUGGACGUCAACUGCCGGGACAAGAAGGGCAACACUGCUCUUCACAGAUCAGCCCAGAAAGGAAAUCUCAAGGCCGUGCAAGCACUGGUUCAUCGCGGAGCAAACUUAAACCUCAAAGAGAAAGAAUACGGUCGGACUCCACUACUGCAAGCGACCCUGUACGGACGACUGGAAGUGGUACGCUGGCUUGCGGCUCAGGGCGCAAAUAUUGACGUAUCAAACAGACAGGGCUUCACUCCACUGCACUAUGCUGUAUGGUAUGGCUACACAGACAUAUGUCGUCUGUUGCUCAGCAAAGGGGCCACUGUUGACGCGCUAGGGGACGAGAAGCUGACGCCUCUCCAUCUCGCUGCCAGAGCGGGACAUAUGGAAACUACGAAGUUGCUUGUACAUAGCGGUGCUAAUGUGAAUGCGACAGAUAACUUUGGGAAGACUCCUAUAGACUGGGCUAGACAGAACGGAUAUGUCGAGGUGGCCAAGUUCCUACUAGCAAGCAGGAGCAAUACAGCUGUCAAUUCUAAGGAGCCUGUUGAAAAGACAUAGUUAUGUAUAACUCACAAAAGACAAUUUAAUUCUCAUCACAAUUCCUCACUUCUUUAACCAAUGACAGAGGCUGCAAGCUUCCUGUCAAUCUGGCAACGUAGUUUCUUUCACAGAUGUGAAAUGUGAGCAGAUGAAAGUCAAAAUUUACUUACAAGGCAAUGCAUGUAGUUCACCUAUACAUACAUUUGUGAUAAUUUUGUGGCAUUUAUUUCAUCUAAGAAUUCAUUCUCUGUAUUUGAUACGUGAAGAUGAUCUCAAAGAGUAUGGCCAGAAGAUUUACACAGAAUAAGUACAUUUCUCAGCAUUAUGUUACAGAAUCCAAAACAAAGUAGCUCAUUCAAAAUAGAUUUGCCUUUGCUGAAGAGGGGAACAGGCACGGCUUCUGGUGUGCUGCAUUUUAAGAAACACCAGGACAAAGUCUAAUUCCAAGAAAUGAUAACUAAUAGUGUUAAUUUAUUAUCAUAAUCAUUUAUAAUGGCUGAGGUAUCUUAGGUGAGUAACAAGUAUGGACAGCCCUCAGAACCAUCAUGUAAGUCCUACAACAUUAUCCUACAUGAUUACAGUAAGUUAUGUAUGUGGCUUCUAGCUCUUUAUAAAAACAGAAUUCAAAGUGAAAAAUGGCUAUUUCCUUUAUGCAAAUCUGUGUAUUCAACAGAACUGAUCAUUUUCAUUUGUCAUUAUGGUUCACUGACAUUUUAAAGAAAUUUACAUCGAAAAAUGUACAUUGCAACAACUGCCAUUUAAUGAUACUCUCUCUGAAUAGGGAGAAAGAUCAAUGAUUUAUCACACUAUUUAUAAUUGUAUUAAAAAUUUGGCAACAUUUUUGGUUUUAUUUUCUUACACAUACUUUAAACAUGUGGUCAGAGGUUUUGUGUCCAUGCAUGUUGCAUCUCCAAAACUACUGAUCUGGAUCAUUAGGUAUGUACCAAUAACGAUUUUUUUUUUAAAUACUAUGCUGUGGUGAUAAUUGCACUGUUAGGUGGCUAUAGCCUACAUGUCUAGGAUCUGGUGCAAGCGUUCCUGUGAGAAUCUUAAUAACUUUUAACUAUUUUAUCACACAAAAUGUCGGAUUACAAAGGCAAUAAACCCGUAUAAAAAACUA